AGCUCGGCUCGGUCACGGAGUCGCGGGUUUACUGAGUGACGCACACCAAUGUUUUGAUCUGAGACUCAGGUUCCCACGAGUCCGAGGUACUGUGUAUUGUUCUCACUGAAGCGGUGAGUACAAGUGUGUCGAGUGUUGUAAAGAAAGUUAACAGGUAUGUGACGAGAGAUGGCUCUUCUACAAUAUUUACAGCAUGGAAAACUCCUCUGGUCAACCAGCAAACAUGUUGGAGGUUUAAUGUUCACCUGUCGUAUGUUGUCAUGUCAUUCAGCUGUUAAAUUGUUGAAAAUUAAUUUUUCAAAUAAAAAUUAUGUAACAUAUUUUUCUUUACAAACUUUGAGUAGAGCCUUGACUAGCAUAAAUUGUCAAGCAAUAUCAAAAAGUAGAUACUCAAGUAAAUCAAGAAUAGACAAUGAUGAGAAUGAAGAUAUGGAAGAUGAUAGUGAAGGAGAAACCACAGAACUUGCUGAUAUAUUUGAGAACAAAGUGGAAAUGUCAAGUAGUGAGUGGAAGGAUGUAAUAGAAUUGGUGUCUCAGAAGACCCCUUGGAUGAAUGCUAAGAGUUGUGAUGCUCUUAUGAUAAGGCGGUGCCAGUCAUACCAAAAUUAUCCUCUUGCAACGUCUUACUUGGACCACAUAAAGCGAGAGGGACGAGAGAUAAACCUGGCCACCCUCGGGGCAUACCUCCAACUCUGUGGGCAAACAGUCGACCAGUGUGGUGAGGAAAGGAUACUGCAAGUUUACAAGCAACUAACUAGUCAGGUUAAGGUGAUGGACUCCAAAUUGAGCAAAAGUGCUAUCCUGGGAUUAACAUCAACAAAGGAGUGGAGGCAGUCAUUUACACACCUCCCCAUAAUCAGGAGAAUGUCACAGGUGUGUCAUCUUACAUACAGCGCCAUUAUUGCUGCUGCAUUCAGGAAUGGUGACUACGACACUGGGUGGGAAUACAUGGAGACCAUGUGGAAGGAGGGAAAGGAGCCUCAAGAUAAGGUGUUCUUGGAGUGGGUCAGACAAUGUGGUGGUGCUGAGAAGACUGAAGAAAAGAUGGCAUUGGCAAAUAUUCUGUUUCGCUACCUUUGCACUUUUGAAAUUUUUCCUCAGUUACCUGUUAUUGAAGAGAUAGCUAAAUUAUUUAAAGACAGCUUGGGAUGGUCUAGUCACUAUGUGAAGUUGUCCUCAAGGGGAAGGUGUCCAGCAUGUAGAGAGGAAUUAGAAUGUCUAGGAGUUGAUGAAGAGGAGUUUAAGCAAUUACAGGAAGAAUUUGUUCCUCGAGUACUCCAUAGGUCAGAUAUUUUUAUUUCAAGUAGUCCCAAGGAAUGGGCUGAUUUUCGGGAUUUUGUAGAAGAGCAGAGACCUUUCACAACUGUAGUGGAUGGCCUAAAUGUGGCCUAUGCUUGUGGUAAUAAACCACCAAGAGUCCGUCUGCAAUUGCUGAGAGAUGUUGUAAAGCAAGUUUGCCGGAGAAACCCUAAUGGCCGUGUGUUAGUGAUUGGACGAGAGCACAUGAAGAGCUGGUCACCUCAGAAUUUAUUUAGAAACCAGCAAGCUGUGAGCUUGUAUACCCUUAAUAAUAUGACAAGAGAUGAUGGAUUCUUCAUUUAUGCAGCUCUUCAGUCUGGAUUUGGAACUAAUUUCAUAACAAGUGACAUGCUCCGGGAUCACCUGUUCCGACUGGAGCAGGUACCUCUAAGAGAGACUUUCCGACGCUGGCAGAGAUUGCAUCAAAUAAUGGUCAUCAAAACACACAUUGGAUUUCACCUUUUGGAUCCAGCAGCAUUUAGCACCACCGCCCAGCAGGGAAAAGGUGGCUGGCACAUACCUUAUGAUGAUGGGACUCCUCAUCAGUCUUACCAGGUACCCAGGACUUGGCUAUGUCUACAGUCAACUUUACCACAGAGAAAAAGGCAAUACUUUCAGCCUGAAAAUUCUAAUGAUGAUAAAUUCGAAGACCUUUCUUUUGAAUAUAAGGGUAAUAAGUCUAGAAGGACCAACUUAGAUCAGAAAGAAAGUAAAUGGUCAUCAGAAUUGAGAAUAUCAUCUAGUGAUACAAACUUGGAGUUCACACGAAAACACAGCAGACCUUGGAGAAAAAAUACAGGAAGGAUUGAUGUAAAAAAAAUUAAUGUAUCCACUCUGGCAGAUAUAUUAAAUACUAAUAAUAAAGAAUAAAAAAAAAAUACUUUCUGGUGAUAUAGUACUGUAUAUACUAGACUGAAAAAAUACAUGUAUUGUUCUGUAUAGACAAAGGUUUUUGUAGAUUACAUAAUGAAAAUUUGUAGGAAGGUAUAUGUAUCCUUCUCCCAUUUAUUGUACUUGGACUAUAUGUACAGGUGGCUCAUGCUUUAUAAAAAUUCACACUUA